CGCUAUAAACAACAUCAUGUGUUUUAUUACGUAUUUAAUAAUCACAAUGAUUUUUAUUACGAAUUGUUACGCUAAAAUUACAAUAAAUAUAACUGUAGCGUCAAGCAAAGGUGGAAUAAUAUUACAUUUUGGUGGGAGAGAUACCAAACUGAUAAGUGACAAAGAAGUUAACAUAUUUAAUAUCACAGAUGUAAAUUUAAAACGUGGUAUAAGGGUUGAAUUUGGUGACACACCCAAUGAUGUUUAUCUAAAAGACCCCACUCCGUAUGGAAAUUUAUAUCAAAAGUUUAAAUGGCAACAAGUGAAUAGGGAAAUUAUUGUAAAAAGUGCAUCGGUGCUUGACAUUAUCAAUGAAAACAUUGUACUAACCGUGCACGAGCAUAUUAAUAAUGCUACAAGGGAAUUAAAAAUACCAAUAAAAAUUUUUGAAAAUGUUGAAAAUACUUUUAAAUCAUCUUGGUCAAAGAAUGGUUUACCAGACGACGAAAUUUAUUACGACAUUAAUAUUGAUUUUUUUAAUGAAAAAAAAAUUAAUUUUGAAAAUAAAUGGAGAAAUGACUCGUUAAGAACGGCAUCACUGCUUUUCGGAUACCAAACGGCAGGUAAAAUCAAUAUAGCGCCAGGUAAAGCUAUAAUAAUGAAAUUGAGAGCGAACAAAACAAUAAUACUGCUCAAAAUUACUUAUAUAGCGUAUCUAACGGGCAGUUUUUUAGCUAACUAUGCCCACUUGUUGGGGACAUAUCAUUUUUGGUCUCCAUCAGUUUCGAGUAUUAUGAAGGCUGCGAAACUAAGUAAUAAAAUAAUUACAACUGAAAUUUUGGAAAUAAAAUGCCAUACGGAUCCAGUUUUGGAUAUUUUUGAUAAAAAGAACGGAAAUAGGAUACCUAUUAUAUUUUUAAGCAGACCAUUUCGCAAACGAAAUCGUAAAUAGUCAUUAUUUUACUGUAUUGAAUUUUUUUAUAUUGGAGCUAUGUUCGACGCGACUAACACUUUAUUGCACGUAUAACAUACAGGAAAAGAAACAUUAAGGAGAAUACGGUAAACAAUGUAGACAUGCCGGCCGGAAAGGCGGCCUUAAUGUUACAAGCAAUCUUUUACAGGCUACCUUUGUGAAAGGACUUACAGCAAUAGACGUAGAGAUAGUAUAUUAAUUUAUUAUCAAUGGAUGGGGCUCAACUCUUGACGAGCUGGUUCUACCACGGGUAUGGCUCGUCAGGAGUGGAGCCCCAUGUUACUAUUACGACCCUAAAGUUGGUUAUGGGCUACAAUCCAUCCGAAAAAUGGGUAUGUCAGCUGUCAGUCUGUUCAGUCUGUACCUAGCGAAGUAGGCUAUCAUUUUGGAUCACGAUUAACCUGCGAUUGGAAGUGUGUUCUGGAAAUUUUGAUGGAAGUGAAUAAAUAAAUAAAGUCUUAAUAAAUAAAAUCUGAAUAAAGCCUUACCAGAAUCA